GUUUUCGCCUCUUUAUCUACAAACUGAUGCUGUCUUUGGAACUUCUUUUUCUUUAAUUAUUCUAUAACUAAGCCCUGAAAAUCGAUGCCUUAACGUGAAUCAGGCGGACUCGUUUCUCAACCGUCAUCUCAGCAGUUAACCCUCAAUUAGAACUUAAGACUCUUUUCAUCACCAUCACAGUCAUAAUCGGAGCUUUGAAUUCAGCCAGAAGAAGAAAAAUCAAUGGAGAAAUCGAUUCUCGUUAAGGAUGUUCAACAAUUCAAUGGAAAUUACCGUCACUCUCUUUCUUCUGCCUCUCAAAGACAUGUAACGUACAGUUGUGGUUCUUGUGGGUAUGAGCUAAACCUAAGUUCCUCUAGUCGAAACACCGCGACAAUAGGCUCAAAGUACGGAAAAUCAAUAAAGCGAGGGAUUAUAUCAUUCUUUAGUAUAGAUGAGAGCAGAUUUACGCAAGUUGAUGAAUUCCGAUGGGGUCCUUACUUUUCAAAGCAUUCAUGGGGCUUGUUCCACCGUAGAACCAAACUUCUUUGCCGCAAGUGUGGCAAUCAUAUAGGAAAUGCUUAUGAAGAUAGAACUUCAGGCCACCCUAUUGUAUUAGAUGGAUUGGAUUCAACCACCAGCAAUGAAGGUUCUAGUUGUAGAAAAUACGAUAUCCGGAUCAGUGCCCUACAACCUUCAUCUGCUGAAAAACUCGGUACUCCAUUUUUUAUGUGAUCUAGUGCUGUCUUCAUCGUUAUUGUAAUUGCAUUAUCAACUAGGCUUAUUCGAAGCUUUUUUUUUGUCGGAUUGUUAUUGUCUAAAGUUAUUUCGAGUCCUUCGAUUCUAUGUUUUCAU